CCCCAGGUCUGCCCAACCCGGGCCGGCGCUCCGCAGCGGCUGGCGCGGCCGUGGGCGCCAGAACCCCGCACUGUCAUGUCCCCGCCGCGCGGCGGGCCGUUGCGUCCCCAAGUCGCUAUAUAAGCGCAGGCCAGGGGACACCCAGAGGGGCUGAAGAUGAGGGUGCCCGCGCAUGGGCCCCCGCUAACUGCCAACUCCUCCCGAGCCCGCGCGACGCGCGGAGCCCGCGGCCGCCGAGGAUCCGCCUUGGCCGCAGUAGCUGCAGCUGGAGCUGCGACAGAGGCGGCGGCGGCGCCCGUCGCUCCAGCGCGUAGAGCCGCGGCCGCAGCCCCGGGGCCGCCGCUGCCCCGGCUGCCAUGAGUUGUGCGGAGGUGAUGUAUCACCCCCAGCCGUAUGGAGCGCCCCAGUAUCUGCCCAACCCCGUGGCAGCUGCAACCUGCCCCACAGCCUGUUACCACCCGGCGCCCCAACCUGGCCAGCAGAAGAAGUUAGCGGUAUACAGCAAGAUGCAGGACUCUCUGGAAGUCACCCUUCCCAGCAAACAAGAGGAGGAGGAGGAGGAGGAGGAGGAUGAGGAGGAGGAGGAGAAAGACCAGCCUGCCGAGAUGGAGUACCUUAACUCUCGCUGUGUCCUUUUCACUUAUUUCCAGGGAGACAUUGGGUCAGUAGUGGAUGAACACUUCUCAAGAGCUUUGGGCCAAGCCAGCACCCUUCAUCAAGAAUCUGCCAUUUCAAAAAGCAAGAUGGGGCUAACCCCCUUAUGGCGAGACAGCUCAGCUCUCUCAAGCCAGCGGACUAGUUUCCCGACUUCCUUUUGGACCAGCUCUUACCAGCCCCCACCCGCACCCUGUCUGGGGGGCGUUCAUCCUGACUUCCAGGUCACUGCACCCCCGGGCAACUUUACGGCCGCCGACCCCAGCCCCUGGCCAGGACAUGGGCUGCAUCAGACUGGCUCCGCCCCUCCACCUCCAGUGUCGGAGUCCUGGCACUACCCGCUGGCAUCUCAGGUGAGCCCGUCCUACGGGCACGUGCAUGACGUGUACAUGCGGCACCACCCCCCGCACGUGCACCACCGCCACCACCACCACCACCACCACCACCACCACCACCCUCCUGCGGGCUCCGCCCUGGAUCCACCUUACGGGCCCCUGCUGAUGCCCUCCGUGCGUGCGGCCAGGAUUGCCGCGCCCCCGUGUGACAUCACAAAGACAGAUCCAACGACAGUCACCACCGCUACCUCAGCGUGGGCCGGAGCCUUUCACGGAACCGUGGACUUAGUGCCAAGUGUGGGCUUUGACGCAGGUCUACAGCAUCAAGACAAGGGCAAGGAGUCACCGUGGUACUGAAACACACAGUAUUAUCAAGUUAAAUUGGAGCAUGAAUCCAUGGUCCCACUGGGAAAAGAUGCUGCCAGGGACUGUCAUUCUGCAGUGGGACAUGUUAGAUGUGGAAGGAAAAGAGAAAGUGCUCUCCAGCUGACUUUGGUUUGGAGCCUUUUCUUGGGAAAGCAGAAUGAGUCCUAGACAUUGAAGAAAAGCAUUUUUGUUUAUUUCUUUCCCUCAUCUGAGCCUUUGCCAACUGUGCAACUCUCUCUCUUUUUCUUUUUGUCUUGCUUUUAUCAAUACAUGGUUUAAUUUUUGGUUUGACUUUUUUUUUUUUUUCCCUUCUUUUUGAACAAGUUACCUUGUCAGGAAAAGAUGAACCACAAUGAAAAUGUUCAUUCUUUCAGGAACACAAUUUUGUAUUUCUAUGUUCUUCUAUUUUUGUAAAAAUACAGGAAGUUUGAUUUAGCAUUGAUGGGCUAUUUUUGAGGGAUUUUUUUUAAUAUUGUAAAAAUUGUUAAGUUCUGUUUAAAGAACUUGCUCUCAGAGAAGCACUGGCUAAAGUGUUUAAAAUGCUUGUCUCUAAGAUGUCUGUGAUAUGCUCUGUGCUCUAAGUUACCUCAAAUGUUUGAUAGUUUCUCCUUUUUGCAAAAGUAGCACCAUAGCCAAGCCAGUAUAGUACUGUUUUACAUUAAGUCUCAGUGAAGAGUUACUUCCAUGAUAGCUUACUUAGCUCUGAGUUACAUGUGUAGCUUGAAAAGGAAGUUUUUUAAUGAUCACACUAAAGAAAAGCUAUUCAUUACUUUGAUUUCUCCCAAAGAUUGCUUGGAGGUUGACUAAGAAAGUUUUCAUAAACUUUGAAUCAGAUGGAGAGUUUGCCUGAAGUAUAUAAUUAUCUUUGUAGUCCAUCCAACUUUGAUAAAAUGGAACCAGAAUUUACAACCAACUACUGGGAAAAAAAAAAAAAAAGCAUUUAACCAUGCUAUCUUUGAGUGCCAGUGACUUAUUUUUCUUGUUUAUAAUUAUUCAUUUAUGACAAUUUUAGUCAUAUUUUAAGUGAGUUUUUCCUGAAGGUAGUUUGAAAGGAUUCUAUUUGGGAAAGUACCAGACACAUGACAAACCCUUUCACUCAGUGGCUGUUUCUGAGAGUUUUAUCCAUCAUUAUAAGUUGAAGGAUAAUGUAUUGCAUGUGUAUUGUUUUAAACAGGUUUUGGUGAGUCUUAUUUGUUUAAUUCUGGUUUUAAUUGAUCUGAUUCUUUUUAAGAAAAAAAUUGGGGGCAAGAUAAAUUUUUAUACUAUAAUUACUGAAAUUAAUUUAAUAAAUUAGCAAUUUAUUGUUUGAAAUUUAUUGCUGGGGACUCAGGAUUCAACUUGACAUGCCCUUCAGGAUCUAAAUAAGAAAAAGUUGGGAUAAUCAUUAAAAUACAAUUAGGAAAAGAUUAAGGUUAUCAAAUAGCAGUUAUUGACAUUUUAAGAACUUUCAAUAUAAAGUCCAUUCUUUCAGAUGCUUCCAGAGUUGGGUCAUGUUAAAAAAGUAGUGUUACAUAGAUGUUUUAGUUUGUUAACAAUGUUUCUCAAAUUUUUCCCAUCCCUGUCCUCAUCCAUAUGAAAUUAAAUGUUUAGUGAAAUAUCAUUUUCCAUCUUAAAUAGGAUAACAUAUCUAUGAACAUUUUAACUAUAAGAACAACACAGUCUGCAUAGCUAGGCAAAAUUCUCACAGAUCGUUUUCAAAUAUUUCCCUUUUGUGCCAUACUCUUCUUUCCUGGUGGGUGCAUCUUAUUAGUUAUAAAUUUAUGCCCUCUCUUGUAUUUUCAUCACUAUAUUUCUUCUUAACCAGACUCUGUUUAACACGGUAUACACAUUUACCUAAUGUGAGGUCCAAACUUAAGGAAUCGUCCACUUACUAAUGAUUUACUAAUGAUAUAAGCUUAGAUUUCUAGGGAGUGGCUCGAUUAAAUUAUUGGCAUUUUGAUCUGCAGUUGGCUUCCCUGGUGGCUCAGACGGUAAAGCGUCUGCCUGCAGUACAGGAGACCUGGGGUUCG